CACUCAACCAUGCUUUAUUUAACAACUUCUUUCACUGUCCGAUCCCAAACUAUAUCACAUGAUUCACUCAACUCCCAUGUUGUCACAUUCUACUUAUGUCUUGAUUCUAAGUUCUUGAUUGUUAAUUUGUUGCAUGCUCAAGCAUGGAUAUUGGGGCUGAUUUGUUUAGGGCAACCAAUAGCUUGAGACAAAACAGUGGAAAUACUAAUCUCGAUGCGGUGCCUCGGGCUAAUAGUAACUCAUUCUGGAGGGAUGGGAAUGCACAAGUUUUCGCGCAGUCUGUAAGAGAAGAAGAUGAUGAGGAGUCUCUUAAGUGGGCUGCUCUGGAAAAAUUGCCUACUUAUGAUCGUAUAAGGAAAGGCUUGCUUUCAGGAUCGAAGGGGGCUACUGAACUCGAUGUCGGUGAUGUUGGGAAUCAGGAGAGAAAGAUUUUGUUUGAUAGGCUUCUCAAGACUGCUGAGGAAGAUAAUGAGAAGCUCUUGAGGAAGCUCCGGGACCGAAUUGAUAGUGUUGGAGUUACUUUACCAACAAUAGAAGUUAGAUAUGAACAUGUGCAUAUUGAAGCAGAAGCACAUGUCGGAAGCAGAGCUCUGCCUUCUGUGGUGAAUUUCUAUAUAAGUCUGUUGGAGGAUUUGUUCAAUGUGCUCCAUGUACUUCCAAAUAAAAAGAAACGUAUAACUAUUCUCAAUGAUAUCAGCGGAGUCAUCAAACCUUGCAGAAUGACAUUGCUUUUAGGUCCUCCAAGUUCUGGGAAAACGACAUUGAUGCUUGCUUUGGCUGGGAAGCUUGAUAAGGCCCUCGAUUUUUCUGGGAAUGUGACUUACAAUGGACAUACCAUGAAAGAGUUUGUGCCUCAGAGGACAGCGGCUUAUAUCAGUCAGCAUGAUCUUCAUAUGGGCGAAAUGACAGUUAGAGAGACCUUGACUUUCUCUGCAAAAUGUCAGGGGGUUGGCUCACGCUAUGAAACGUUAGCGGAGACUUUAAGAAGAGAGAAAGAGGCAAAUAUCAAACCUGAUCCCGAUGUUGAUAUACUUAUAAAGGCUGCAGCAACACCAGGUCAACAGGCUGAUGUGGUUACUGAUUAUGUCCUAAAGGUAUUGGGACUUGAUAUAUGUGCCGAUACAAUGGUAGGUAAUGAGAUGCUUAGGGGUGUCUCUGGAGGACAAAAGAAGCGCGUUACAACAGGUGAGAUGUUGGUUGGACCGUCAAGGGUACUAUUUAUGGAUGAGAUAUCUACUGGUUUGGACAGUUCGACGACUUACCAAAUUGUGAAUUCACUACGACACAGUGUUCAUAUUCUCCAGGGAACUGCUCUCAUCUCCCUCCUGCAGCCGGCUCCAGAAACUUAUAAUUUAUUUGAUGACAUUAUUCUCUUAUCUGAUGGUUACGUAGUGUAUCAGGGUCCCAGAGAAAGUGUGCUUGAGUUUUUUGAACAUAUGGGUUUCAAAUGCCCCCAGAGGAAAGGCGUUGCUGACUUUUUACAAGAAGUGACAUCAAAAAAAGAUCAGAAGCAGUACUAUAUGCAUAGUGAUAAGCCAUACGCAUUUGUUACAGCCAAAGAAUUUGCUGAGGCUUUCAAGUCAUUCCAUGUAGGAGAAAAACUAGGAGCUGAAAUUGCUACACCCUUUGACAGAAGCAAAGGGCACCCAGCUGCUCUGACUGUUAAAAAGUAUGGGACUGAAAGGAAUGAACUCGUUAAAGCUUUGACUCAAAGAGAAAUGUUGCUUAUUAAGAGGAACUCAUUUGUUUAUAUUUUCAAGUUGGGCCAAAUUGCCGUUAUGGCAAUUGUAGCCAUGACGGUUUUCUUUAGAACUGAGAUGGACAAAGAUACUAGCCAAGAUGGAUCGCUCUACUUUGGUGCUAUAUUUUUUGGUGUGGCUACUUUCAUGUUCAAUGGAAUGGCAGAGUUUCCCCUGGUAAUAGGAAAGCUUCCUGUAUUUUACAAGCAGAGGGACUAUCUUUUUUACCCUCCAUGGGCAUAUGCUCUUCCAAUGUGGUUCACCAGGAUCCCCUUUUCAAUAAUUGAAGCUGCAAUAUGGGCAGGCCUCACUUAUUAUCCUAUUGGAUUGGAUAAAAAUGCUGGAAGAUUCUUAAGAUAUUACCUAGCCCUUGUCCUCACCAACCAAAUGGGUUUUGGGUUUUUCCGUCUCAUCGCAGCAAUCUGUAGAGACAUGAUCAUUGCAAACGUAUUUGGGGGAUUCGCCUUGUUUAUACUUAUCGCAUUAGGUGGCUUCGUCCUGUCACGAGACAAGAUAGCUGAUUGGUGGAUAUGGGGUUACUAUAUCUCACCGCUGAUGUAUGCGAUGAAUGCUAUUGGAGUGAAUGAAUUUCUGGGGCAUUCCUGGAACAAACCAAAUCCAAGUGGACCUGGGUACUUAGGAGCUUCUGUUCUGAAGAGUCGAGGGUUCUUUCCAUAUUGGUACUGGUACUGGAUAGGGGUGGCAGUAUUGGUUGGAUUAAUAUUUAUCUUUAACGGCUUCUUCACAAUGGCACUUCAGUUUCUCAACCCUCUGAAAUCAGCUCCAGCAGUAGUCGCAGAUGAUGAUGUCUCUGAAAAAAAGGAAGAAUCCAAAGAUGAGACUGGUCAGGAAAGUAAAGGAAUGGUUCUCCCAUUUGAGCCACAUUCCAUCACGUUUGAUAAUAUUAGGUAUUCCGUUGACAUGCCACAGGAAAUGAAAGACCAAGGUGCCAGUGAGGAGAAACUGUUGCUUCUGAAGGGUGUCAGUGGAGCUUUUAGGCCAGGUGUUCUAACCGCUCUAAUGGGUGUUAGUGGUGCUGGUAAAACUACUUUGAUGGAUGUGCUGGCUGGUCGGAAAACUGGUGGAUAUAUUGAGGGUGAAAUUAAAAUAUCAGGGUAUCCAAAGAAGCAAGAAACCUUUGCUCGGAUAUCCGGGUACUGUGAGCAGACUGACAUCCACUCACCUCAUGUUACUGUUCACGAGGCCUUGGUUUACUCAGCCUGGUUGCGGCUGCCUCCAGAAGUUGAUGACGAGAAAAGAAAGAUGUUUGUAAAUGAGGUCAUUAAUCUUGUUGAAUUGGACACAUUGGUGGAUGCGCUAGUUGGUUUGCCAGGUGUAAGUGGUCUCUCAACCGAGCAGCGGAAGAGGUUGACAAUUGCAGUUGAGCUGGUGGCUAACCCCUCGAUAAUAUUCAUGGAUGAACCAACUUCAGGGCUGGAUGCUAGAGCUGCUGCAAUUGUGAUGAGAACAGUUAGGAAUACUGUUGACACAGGAAGGACAGUUGUUUGCACAAUUCAUCAGCCAAGCAUUGAUAUAUUUGAAGCUUUUGAUGAGCUUUUCUUAAUGAAGCGAGGUGGACUAGAGUUAUAUGCAGGGGCAGUUGGUAAGGAGUCUUGCGAGCUGAUCAAGUACUUUGAGAGUAUUGAAGGAGUAAGUAAAAUCCCCGAAGGCUAUAAUCCCGCUACCUGGAUGUUGGAAGUCUCUACAGCUGCUCAAGAAGUAGCUUUGGGGAUUGAUUUCACCGAAGUGUACCAGAAGUCAGAUCUGUGCAGGAGAACCAAAGAUCUUAUAAAAGAGUUGGGCACACCUCGUGAUGGUACACAGGAACUUCAGUUUGCUACUAAAUACUCACAAUCUUUCAUGACCCAAGUCCGAGCUUGCCUGUGGAAACAAAGAUGCUCGUACUGGCGAAACACAGCUUACACUGCAGUCAAACUGGCCUUCACAACAGUUAUAGCAUUGAUGAUCGGGACAAUGUUCUGGGACCUUGGUUCAGAGAUAGGCACUGUACAAGAUUUGUUUAACGCAAUGGGUGCUAUGUAUGCUGCAUGCCUCUUCCUAGGGGUCCAAAAUGGUUCAUCAGUGCAGCCGGUGGUAGCUGUAGAACGCACCGUGUUUUACAGGGAAAGAGCGGCUGGGAUGUAUUCUGCUUUACCAUAUGCCAUUGCACAGGUUUUGGUAGAAAUACCAUACAUAUUUGCUCAAGCUGUAAUCUUCAGUGGUGUUGUAUAUUCUAUGAUCCAAUUUAAAUGGACCCUGGUGAAAUUCGCAUGGUUCUUUUACUUCUCGGUCGUCACAUUCAUGUACUUCAGCUUUUAUGGCAUGAUGACUGUGGCCAUGACACCUAAUUCCGCGGUGGCUGCCAUCUGUGCUUCUGCAUUUUACGGAAUGUGGAACCUUUUUUGCGGAUUUUUGAUUCCAAGACCGAGCAUUCCAGUGUGGUGGAGAUGGUAUUACUGGGCAUGUCCAGUGUCAUACACACUGUACGGGCUGCUUGCGUCGCAAUUUGGAGACUAUGAUGACAAGAUUCUUGAAGAUGUGAAAGUACCCAUCAAGGUAUUUCUCAAAGAUUAUUUUGGGUUCGAACACAGUAAGAUAUGGUGUGCUGCAGUUGCUGUGGCUGCUUUUGCCAUUCUUUUCGCAAUAGUGUUUGGUAUAGCUAUAAAACUUAUCAACUUCCAGAGGAGAUAAGAAGCAAAACGCAGCCUCCAAAUCAUUGGCAAAGAGGCGUGAAAUAUCAAGGAAUAUUUCAGGGGAUUUUGAAAUUAGAAUAAAAAAUCAAGUGACGUCAAUUCAGACGUUGUAUCGGAAAUUUAGAAAUUAGAAUUUUAAAAUGUACGGAUUCAUGGGUUAUUUCAUUUUUUAUUAUGGGUCAAAGUUUUUGAUUCACAAAUGACGAUAUUAGGUUCUGAAAA